AGAAAGGAGAGAAAGAAAAUGAAAGAGAUGGAGUGUAGAGAGGAAAGAGAGCAUUAGACGAGACAGUGUUGUGUCAUCAACAGGUCAGUGGACUUACCGGGAGGAUUAUGUCCAAGCCUUCGUCCAACGUCAAGGCCCUCCAGGCUAAUUUGAACAUCCCGAUGGGAGCUCUCCGUCCAGGGGCGGGACAUCCUGUCAAGAGGAGAGAGGAGACAGUAGACACAGAAGAGCCUCAUUCACCAGACCAGCCCCAGACGCCCGAGGAGAAGAAGGCGUUGCCGGGGGCGUUGCCGGGCGCGUUGCCGGGCGCGUUGCCGGGCGCGUUGCCGGGCGCGUUGCCGGGCGCGGUGAAGCUGGCCGGUCCUGCCGUGAACCUCUCAGAGCUGCAGAACGUCAAGAGUGAACUGCGAUGGGUCACCAAGGAUUAACACGCAGGACCCCCAGCCGGGGGCGGAGAGCAAGGCCGACAAUCUUCACACACAGAGUCGCCACCGAAGAUUUAAAGCAGUCUGC